AUGGGUGAAAAUCGUCAGAAAGUUAAAUAUGUUCAUAGUUCGUUCAAGAUCAAUCUAAAUGACAACACUACUGUCCAAGAAUGCAACGAGCCUGUUGGUGCUGAAUGGGGAUUUGACUUUUCUCCAUUUGAUUCUGUUGUCGAUGACCCUCAUGAUGAUAGCAAGUCUUUCAAAAGCCCGAUUGAUGUUAUUGGUUUUGUGGUCAAGUGUCUUCCGUCAGAUGAUAAAAGUGAUCAUAAUAACUGCAAAGACGAGAAGAAGACUACCUUUAUUUUGGAAGAUUUGCAACACCAUCAGAUUUACGUCACGUUAUGGGGUUGUUAUGCUGAUCAGAUUUUAGAUUUUGAGAGAACAAUAAGGAUGAAAAGAAUGUUGUGGUCGUUGUUCAGUUUGGGAAGUAAUUUGUUUGUCUCCAAUUUGUAUAAUGUAACUCGAGUCUUCAUAAACUCUGAGGUGAAAGAGAUUUUGGAUUUCAAGAAAAGUUUCCUUGCUCAGGUUAAUGUUUCAACAUCUUCCGGUUAUUCUGGAUUGAGUUCUUCUGCUAUCAAGUCAACGACUGAGGAAUAUCUAUCUGAUGGUUCCUUUAGUACAAUUGGAGCAUUAAGCCAAAUCUCCGAACAAAAGUUUGUUAUUAUCCUCGGAACUAUUAAGAGCUUUGCUUCAGAAGAGUCAUGGUUUUACAAUGCAUGUAAGAGUUGCAACAGAAAGGUUAUGUACAACACAAUUUGCAAGGCAAAGCAAGAUGGAAGUGAAGGCUAUGAUGAAGUAACUGUCUUGGAAUGUCAGACUGAUCGUUGCAAUAAAAGGACCGUUUUGUCUGUUCCUAGGAUAAAAGUUCAAAUUCGUGUUCAGGAUUGUACCGGGAUUGUCACUUUGACGUUGUUUGAACGUGAAGUUCUUAAACUGUUAAAGGUUAACGCAAACCAACUUUUGGAUAAAAACAUUGAGCCUGCUGAUGAUGAACAUUUAGAUGCUGUUCUGUCUGAUUCAAAUCCAAAUGUUAACUUUGAUGUUAAGGAUGUUGUAUCCCGUACUGGUGAUGAAGACACUCCGGUGUCUAAUGUGAUCAAAAGCAUCUUUACCACACCCUCUGGAGCUGAGAUGAACUGUUCUGCGGAGAUUGUUGACAAUCAACUUAAGCGUAAUUUGGAUGUCGUCUAUGAUGUCGAUGUAUCUUCUUCCCAGUCGUCAACUAAACCCCGUAAGACUGUCGGUGAUAAAGAUGAAGAUUUGAACCUGAAUGCUGGGAUUUUGAAGCCAAAGAUUGAAAAGUAG